AUGAGCACAACUAGUCCGAGGCGUGCGGUUGCCCUUCGUCGUAGAGUGCCGCAGCACCUGGAGAGUCUGGACGACUCACUGCCAUCUAGAAUAACAACCCGGCGUCCUAGUGUUCAGAAUGGUCGCCACCGCAUAAGUACAGCACGCUCCUCGCUUAUGCCAUCCGUCCUGCAGAGGCGGAUACAGCGGGAUGCGGAGCUCGUCCUGGAGGAAUCGCUUUGGCAUCUGUGUGGGGAAAACGUGGAGGAAACGAUGGAUAAAUUACUCGGAGUUAUCUCUAUUCGUCGUGGUGGGCCCCUAACCCCGCGAAAGGGGCGGCCGCUGUGGCAGCGCGUACAGGCCAUUGUGGUAAUUGCCAAUCAGGAGGGCAUUCGUCGCAUGCUGAUGGCAACUCCGAGCGAGAGGGUGCGCUUUUUCUUUGAUAAAUCGCUGAGUAUAUUGGAGUUGCCGUCCAAGAAGCGAUUUCCCUGGAGACAGGACGAAUUUGCCGCGUUUCCGUCACUUCGCAAGCAUCUUGUUGGGACAACGCUGAACAACAAGGCCGUUUUGCAGCACACAGCUGGAGAUUCCCCACAGCUUGUCGUGCAGACACUUCAGCGCGCCCUUCGCGAGCAAGGGACCGCAUUUGCCACCACGGUGCUGUACAAUUUGGCGGUGACCAUGGUGUCCGUGCAGCGGUUUGACCUUGCUAGCGAUUUUAUUGCCUGCUGCAGCGAGUUGGUUGAGGCGUGUCUGCGCAUCGACAUCUCGGAUUGCCCUGGGGUCUUGCCGCUCUGCACAGAAUACCACACAAACAUUGCCACACAUGCCAUUAUGUGCCAUCACCUUGUCGCCGCUCUCGCUGCGUGGUGCAGCCUGCAGGAUGUGGAGCGCUACCACUGCCAGCUCGCCGUGUGCUGUGCCCAGCGGUACCUGGACCCGAAAAGCCUUAUUGCCAUUCGCUGCAGGCAACGACUGGCGGCGGCCAGGGAAGGAAGCGGCGCGUUUAUGAUGAGCGAAGCUGAGCCACCGCGGCUUCCAAUGCUUCACGACGACUUAUCGCUUGUGAGGGACUCCCUCUUUAUUGUGCUGCUGGAGCGAGCGGGGAAGAUGCCGACACCGCCGAGGCUCGCAAACUGUAUCGCCCAGUUUUUGUCCUUUGACCUGUCGCUCGACACCCAGAAGGCUGUCCGGCUUCCGCCGCUUAAAGCCAAGCGGCGGCACUUGGUUGAGCAAAGGCAGGCCCCUACCGUCCAAAGCAAGCGUACCUCGUCACAGCGACAGCGCUCUCUCUUGCAGGGGAGGUCUUCCUCGAAUCUCAAGGACAAAAAGGGAUUGAGGGCGAAGACGGAAUCCGAGUCAUCGGUCAUGACGAGUACACUGCUGGAAACAUUUCGGAAGGAGCGCGCCGCGACACCACCGCGAGAGGACGACCUCUUUGGUGUGGACUUUGUUACGAGACCGGAGACCCCACCCCUCAUUACCUUUGUGCCUAAGCCGGCGUUUCACUGUUAUAAGCACCUGAGGAAAGAACUGCGCCGUUUAAUGUGUGAGCUUGGGAAGGAGGCGCGUGUUGCAAUGUCGACAACGACGACAACUGGGGCCGAGUUCAGGGAAUCCUUGAACGGGACAGACGGUCAUGGGAGCAUCGUUUCUGAGAGCAGGAUGGCCUCACCGGACCCUGAAAGCUACAUGCGAGUUAUGGAUAAGAAGCUGCGUCACCUUUCACGGCUUCUCCCAGAUGAGGAGUUUGAACGAAAGGAAUGCGCCACUGUGACGAUACAGAGUUUCUGGCGGGGUGUCGUGGACCGUCGUGAAUACCACCGACGCCUUUUACCGCUGCAUGAGGCCAUGCUUAGGCGCGAGGCCGCCGAGGUUAUUCAGCACGCAUUCCGUAACUACCGUGCCACGCGAGAGCCCAUACAAAUGAAGAGGGCGCUCCGCGCCCAUCGCAUUCUGGUGCAGCAUAUAGUACGUAUCCAGUCCUACCUGUAUUGUAAAAAAAGUGUAGAAGAGGUCGGGGAACGAACGGUUGUAUCACUUCAACGUCUUAUUGCUGCUAUGUUAGAGGCGCGCCGGAGGAACGCUGCUGUCGUGCGUUUACAGUCCUUAUGGCGCAUGUGUCGGGUGUGGUCUUGGCUUCGCCGUACUGUGACAGCAACUCAGACCAUUCAACGUGUGUGGAGAGGGCACCGGGGAAGGUUACGGGCGAGGGAGGCACGCGUUUGCUUCCGCCUGGAGGAGCAGCGGCGGAUAGCCAGGCACACAGCGGCGGUCUGUCCCAUUCAGCGAUGGUGGAAGAGUAUCUUGUUGCUGCGUGCGUGCAAAGCGAUUGUGGCGCACAGGCAACGCGAACUCGCUGCGUACCUGGCAGCAGAGGAGCAAAAGUUUAGUGUGGAGUGGGAACGCAUCAAACACGUCCCCAACGUAGAGUUGUGUAUACAAAAAGUACUCUCAGUGCUCCGCGGCUUCCGCUGCCGUGAGGAGCUUGCGCAUCAACAGAAAUUUACAAACAUCCUUCGACGCUUUUUGCUGCGCAUGGUGUGGAAAAAACGACUGCAAAGGUGCCUACAACGCCUGAAGGAGGAGCGGCAGGAGACUCGCGCGCUGCGGCGUCGUCGGGAGGAGGUGAUGGAUGCGACUAUUCGUAUCCAGUGCGUCGCUCGCCGCUGGUUGGCCUCACGCGUGCGAACCGUGUUGUGGGAUGAGUUGCAGCGGAAACAUCAUCAGGCCCGUGUUAUCCAGCGCGCCUAUCGACGCUGUGUGGGUCGACGCCUAAUACAUAGCAAAAGGGCGGAGGCAGCGUUUGAGGAGGAGAGACGAAUGGUGGAUCAGUUGAUAAAAUACAGUGCCUCCAAAAUUCAAGCCACCUGGCGCAUGCAUAGUGUGCGGCAGUCACAGGCGGAGUUCCUUAACUUCUUGCGAAGGGACCGCCAUGUCUUUGCGUCUCGCAUUCAAAAGGCCUGGAGAACGUACAAGGCACGUUGUCAAUCAGAUUGGCUGCGCCUUAGCCAAGACAACACACAUCGCCUUCUUCAGGAGCAACAGCUCCAGCUGACGGCUGCUAUCCGCAUUCAGUCUGUUGGACGCAUGUUUCUUGUGCGUCAGCAGCUGUUGCGUGAGGGCGUGACUUUGUGGCCUACGCCUGCAUUUAUGCACCGAUGCGCACGGACCAUCCAGAGCGCGUGGCGUCGCCACGCCGCCUACGAAUAUGUGCAGCAGCUUUGUUUCUCACGAGCGUACUACGAUCAGCAGAAAAUAAAUAUGGAGACCUUGCACGUUUAUGCAACCACGAUUCAAUCCCUGGUUCGGGCUAAAAUUCUUAAUCCACGGCGCGUUGCGGCUCGUCGUCUCGAGGUGGAGUACAACGAGGAUCACAAGCGGAAGCGGGAGGAUGCAAUGCGAUUGUAUUACGACGCCAUCACAUCACAGGAUGACGUGAACGGCACUAGUGCUUUGGUCCAGCCACCGCCAGCGGAGCCGUUGCCUGCUGUAGAGACGCAGGAGUGUGUGCCUACUGCAGUGGAGCUUGAGCCUGAGCCUGAACCUGAGCCUGAACCUGCGGCUGAAGAAGCUGAGAAUGUGGAGGUGCUUGUUCAACUGGUCCAGCGUUGUGGUCGCGGCGCUUUGGCGCGUUGCAGUGUGUUUGAUGUGGUUCGCGCGCGCCAGCAGGAGGUGGUGGAAAGUCCACUUGAAGCAGAAGCGGAGGCGGCGGAUGAGGGGCUGCGCUCGCCCUCUGCGGUGAUCACAUCACAGGAGGACGUGAACGGCACUAGUGCUUUGGUCCAGCCACCGCCAGCAGAGCCGUUGCCUGCUGUAGAGACGCAGGAGUGUGUGCCUACUGCAGUGGAGCCUGAGCUUGAGCUUGAACCUGAGCCUGAACCUGCGGCUGAAGAAGCUGAGAAUGUGGAGGUGUUUGUUCAACUGGUCCAGCGAUGUGGUCGCGGCGCUUUGGCGCGUUGCAGUAUGUUUGAUAUGCUCCGUGCGCACCCGCGGUGGAAGGCAGCUGUGGAUGUGCAGCGUGUGUGGCGCGGCUACUGUUCAAGGCAGCUGGUUGAGGUGUACUAUGAGUUUUACACGGAUGAUGUAUAG